AUGACCAGCGGCGCUCGCAAGGCUCGACAUCGGCAGCGAGACGACGGCUCCAAAACGUGGACGUGCUGUUGGUGCUGGUGGUGGUGGUGCUGGUGGUGGUGGUGCGCGCGCGGCCAGAGCUCCGACGACAACGAAGACGACACACCGCCGCUUUUUACCGACUCCGAGAGGGCCCAGCGAUGGCGCCGGUCACUCGCCUCCCUCCUCUUCCUCACCGCGCUGCUCUCUGACCGCCUGGGGCCGGGCGCCGAGGCCAGGCUGACCGGGAGCCUGGACAAGGUGAUGUCCGCGAACCUGGGGACGGGGACGGGUGCGGGAACGGGCCGCGAGCCCGGCAUCCUCAGGAGUAACGAAGAUACUACUUUUGUAGGGAACUCCUCCGGCGCGAGCGCGCGCGCGUGGGGUCCGGAGAAGAAGACGUGCGCGGCCAAGAACUGCCUCACUUUCGUCGACGCCGACCACCUGUGCAGGGGCCUUUGGGGCGCGAGUGAGUGGAACGUGAGCGCGGCCGACUUGUACCUGUCCUUCUGCGACGCGUACUCCCUCAUGGAUCUGCUGGACGGCUCGUCGAGCCCGGACCGCUUGAACUGCAGCGUGGACGCCAUGCGCGCCGGCGGCGUGGGCCGCUGCAGCCUGUGCGUGCAAGCGUACCAGCGCUACGACCUGCACGCGCAGGAGAAAUACGAGGAGUUUGAGCUCAUGACGGACCGAUACGUGACGGAUGCCUACUCAGUAAGGACGUGCAUGGAAGAGUGCAAGAUGGUAUACAAGCCUUGGCUCUGCGCUCAGUACUUCCAGAGCAAUCAGUCCAGCUGUAGCCGCAAGGUUCCCUGUGAGCAGUACUGUCUGGAUGUCCAGCAGAGAUGUCCCUUCAUAUUGCCUGACAAUGAUGAUCUUAUACAUGGUGGCACUCCCAGUUUUAUAUGUACAGGGCUUUCAGAGACGGCGAGCGCUGAGCAGGAGCCACAGUGCUGCGACGUGCGGUGGGAGCUGAACUCUAGCAACCGCUCGCGGGACACUUUCAAAAGGACUCACCCAUCGUGCCAGCACAGCUCCUCCGUCACUGCCGCCGCCGCCUCCGCCUCCUCGGGUGCGCCGCGGCUGGGCCAGGGCAGGCUCAAGCUCUGCCUGCUGGUCCUGGUCCUCCUCCAUACGGUGGCCACCAUGACGGCCAGCCAGAACUCCACCUGCCUGGCCGGAAUCUUCCCGCUGGAAGACAACAACGCCCCCAGGGAGGAGUGAUUCGGACAGCGGUGGUUGGGAGGGCUAGCGCUAGCGAAUUAGCAUGCUCCAAAACCAUCUCCCGCCAAAAAAAGGGCGCCCCUCC